GGCACUCCCGGCUCGAUGAUGUGUCAGUCAACUCAGGUGGAUCCCUCACUUCCGGAAAGACAUAGAACAUUUUAAAUCGAAAAUGAUUCACAGCCUUUUUCUCAUUAAUGGUGCUGGUGAUAUCUUCCUGGAAAAGCACUGGAAGAGCGUGGUAAGCCGUUCAGUCUGUGACUACUUCUUUGAGGCACAACAUAAAGCAGCAGAUGUUGAGAAUGUUCCGCCUGUUAUCCCCACACCUCACCACUACCUCAUCAGCAUAUAUCGCGAGAAGAUGUUCUUUAUCGCAGUCAUCCAAUCUGAGGUGACCCCAUUGUUUGUCAUUGAGUUCCUGCAUCGGGUGGCUGACACAUUCCAGGAUUAUUUUGGCGAGUGCUCUGAAUCAUUUUUGAAAGAUAACGUGGUCAUUGUUUAUGAGCUGCUGGAAGAGAUGUUGGACAAUGGAUUCCCUCUGGCAACAGAAUCUAACAUAUUAAAGGAACUCAUUAAGCCACCGACAAUCCUGAGAUCAGUGGUUAACUCACUCACAGGAAGCAGCAACAUGGGUGAGACGCUACCCACCGGGCAACUCUCCAACAUCCCCUGGAGGAGGGCAGGGGUCAAGUACACUAAUAAUGAAGCAUAUUUUGAUGUCAUAGAAGAAGUUGAUGCAAUUAUUGAUAAAUCGGGUUCUACUUUGUUUGCUGAGAUCCAGGGUGUGGUAGACGCUUGUGUGAAACUGUCUGGAAUGCCAGAUCUCUCUCUCUCUUUCAUGAACCCACGGCUAUUGGAUGAUGUCAGCUUCCACCCUUGUGUCCGAUUCAAGCGUUGGGAAUCAGAACGUGUUUUGUCCUUUAUUCCUCCGGAUGGCAACUUUCGUCUCAUGUCCUAUCGUGUUAGCUCACAAAACUUAGUAGCAAUUCCAGUGUAUGUGAAGCACAACAUCAGCUUCCAGGACAACAGUUCAAGUGGGAGGUUUGACAUAACAGUGGGUCCCAAACAGAAUAUGGGGAAGACUGUGGAAUCCAUUGUAGUAAGCGUUCACAUGCCAAAAGUGGUCCUUAAUAUGAACCUUGUGCCAACGCAAGGGUCAUACACCUUUGACCCUGUCACCAAGGUGCUGAACUGGGAUAUAGGAAAAAUAAUUUCUCAGAAACUUCCUAGCCUAAAAGGCAUGGUUUCCUUACAAUCUGGUGCCCCUAAACCCGAGGAGAACCCAAGUCUGAAUAUUCAAUUCAAAAUCCAGCAGUGCGCAGUUUCAGGGCUCAAAGUUAAUCGCCUGGACAUAUAUGGAGAGAAAUACAAACCUUUCAAAGGAGUGAAAUAUCUCACUAAAGCGGGCAAGUUCCAAGUCCGUACAUAACGCAAUACACGCCCCUCGCUGUAGCACUUCCUGUGCGCAUAGAAGGGGACGGUUGGCAUUCCGUUUACUGCCUUUAGUUGCUCUGCUAUAAGGUCAAAACGUUCUAAACACUACAAGGGACCAAGUUUUUAGUUCACAAUAUGAGGGAUCUGUGUUGGAGAUGCCAAAUAAUUCAUCUCACGUAUUCCACUGUGAAAAUUUAAAAUGAAAUGUUACUUUAAAAAAAAAAAAAAGGAUAAAUUUAAUUAAUAUAAAAAGAUCUACAUUUUUUAAGAGCUUUGUGUCUUCACCAUGUUAAAGAGACUAUUGGAGUGCAAUGUCAUUAUAUUGUGUGUCAAUGUCAGGUUUAAUAUUUCAGCUGCAUUAGUUGUUGCUACAUAGAUGUACUUACAAGAGUUUUAUUUACUAUUAAAGCUAUAUUUUACCAAAAAAACACACACGAAAGCCUUACAGAUAUUAUGGAUUUGGUUUUUAAACUCCAGUCUUCAAGAACGCUUUAUAUGCCAAACUUAACAUCUCCUUGCUUGUACACAGAGGUAAAUGAUCCGUCAUGGCUUAAAGGGACAUGAAACCCAAAAAUGUUCUUUCAUAAUACAGAUAGAGAAUACAAUUAUAAACAACUUUCUAAUUUACUUCUAAUUUGUUUCAUUCUCUUGGUAUCAUUUGCUAAAGGAGCAGCAAUGCACUAAUGGUUUCUAACUGAACACAUGGGUGAGCCAAUGGCAAUUGGUAUAUAUAUGCAGCCACCAAUCAGCAGCUAGAAUCUAGGUUCUUUGCUGCUCCUGAGCUUACCUAGAUAAAGAUUUCAGCAAAGGAUAACAAGAGAAGGAAGCAAAAUAAAUGAUAGAAGUAAAUUGGAAAGUUGUUUCAAAUUGUAUUCUUUAUCUGAAUCAUGAAAAAAAAUGUUGUUUCGUAUCCCUUUAAAUGGACAUGAAUGUGUAAAAUCAGAUAGAGAAUUUGUUGCAGCAUAAUGAUUAUAACAUGUUUGUUGUAGAGUGCAAUAAAAAAAAGGUUUUCCUCUAUGCAUUUAACUGCACUAUUGGAUCCGUUUAUACAUCAAUCACACUUGACCGUCACUGUGCAUACGCCUCUAUGCUCAGUGACCAGCUAUGGAAGUGCAAAAAGAUGCUGAUCUAGUUAAAUACACACAGGGCUCGAUUUAUCAAGCGAUGGCGGACUGGGGCGUACAAAUUCGCUGCUGUACGCCCCAGCUCGCCUGUACGCUGCUCGCAUGCAACACCGCAGCCUGCCCGCGCACAGCCAAUCACGCUUGGGCAGGAUCUGUCAAUCUCCCUGGUCGGACGAUACCAGGAGAUUGAAAUUUUCCACCUAAGAGGUUAGGAAGCAGCGGUCAUUAGAUCACUGCUUGAUCAAUACUAACUGCACGUUCUUUUGUAAGAAACUACAGUCGUAUGGUGGUGAACGGCUUGAUAAAUUGAGCACUUAGAGGUAAGCAUUUUUUUUGCAAACAUGUUGCAGUUGUCAUGAAUGGGCUGUAUAACCUCGUUUGAUUUUACACCAUUAUGCCUCUUUAAAACAGACAUUAAACCCAAAUAUUUUCUUUCAGGAUUCAGAUAGAGCACACACAUGCACACAACUUGCCAAAUUACUUCUAUUAAAAAUGUUGCUUCAUUGUCUUAGAAUCCUUUCCUGAAGGAGCAGCAAUGCACUACAGGGAACUAGCUGAACACAUUGGUAAGCCAAUCACAAGACGCAAAUAUGUGCAGCCACCAAUCAGUAGCUAGCUCCCAGCUUCUUAGCCUAUCUAGAUAUGCUUUUCAACAAAGGAGGAUACCAAGAGAAUAAAGCAAAUUAGAUAAAAGAAGUACUUUGGAAAGUUGUUUAAAUUCGUGUGCUCUGUCUAAAUCAUGAAAGAAAAAAAUGUGGGUUUAGUAUCCCUUUAAGCAAUGAUAUACUGAAAAUCUGCCUUACUUGAGAACUGGAGUUGAGACGCGUCCUAAUAGUAUUGUGUGUCCUUUAUAGAUGCCAGUAAUUAGGUACAAGCUGGUGUUUUAUGACAACGUUAAUCACUUGUGUCAUAGAAAAUUGUGUCUUCUGCCAUUUUUAAAUUGCAGGCAAAGCAAUACCUUUGUACGAAUCUCAUCAUCCUUAGGAUGUUCUUAUAAUUUUUGAGAGAGUAAAUACUCAUUGUUACGACUCCUAAAUAACAUGUUAGACAGAAGUCUCUCUCAGUUAAUGACAGUGACAUUUGAAGGGACACUAAACCCAAUUUUUUUCUUUCAUGAUUCAGCUAAAGCAGGCAAUUUUAAACAACUUUCUAAUUUACUCCUGUUAUCAAAUUUUCUUCAUUCUCUUGCUAUCAUUAUUUGAAAAAGAAGAAAUCUAAGCUAAGGAGCCGUCUUAUUUUUGGUUCAGAACCCAGGAUAGCGCUUGCUGAUUGGUGGGUACAUUUAGCCACCAAUAAGCAUGCUCAACCCAGGUGCUGAACCGAAAAUGGUCCAGCUCCUAAGUUUUGAUUUCAGCUUUUUCAAAUAAAGAUAGCAAGAGAAAGAAGACAAUUUGAUAAUCGGAGUAAAUUGGAAAGUUGUCUAAAAUUGCCUGCUUUUUCUGAAUCAUGAAAGAAAAAAUUGGGUUUAGUGUCCCUUUAAGCCCCUUGUUUGGAGCAGCUUUGUUACUAUAAAUUGUCAGAUUAAAGUGAGAAUAAAUUCCGUUUUAAGCCAAACUAUGUGUCUGAAUAUUACCCCUUCAUAACAAUUCUUACUUUCAUUCUGAAAAUACAUUGACGCCAUUUUUUUUUAAAAUACAGAUUCCAGGUACAUAGUAACACAAAAUGACAUCACUUGCAGGCUUGGUAGUGCUAAAAUUACAUGAUGUAUGUCUUAACCCUUUGAGUUUUUUUUUAUUUUUCUGCUUUUUUUUUUUUUACCGACCCCCAAGACUUACACUGUUGGAAAGGUUAGGCAAUUACCUUUCCAACAGUGGGUCUUGGGGGUCUGUAGCUGCUUAGAUGCCUGAGAUACAGGCUUCUAAGCAGCAUGCCCCCUGCUCCUAUACUUAACAUCACGUCAUUGUGCGUGACGUCACCGCGCAUCACGUGAAGCCCCGGCGAUGCCUGUCACUCUACAGGCACGAUCGCCGGGGUAGGAGCGGUUUGGAGCCCCCAGAUCUCCCUCAAGGUGGGAGAGUGCUCCUGACAGCUCUGAGCCAUCAGCACGCAAAGGGUUAAUCCAACGACGAAGUAGUUAAAGGGACAUGAAACCCAAAUUUAUUUUUUCAUGAUUCAGAUAGAGAAUAACAUUUUAAACAUCUUUCCAAUUUACUUCUAUUAUUUCAUUUUCAUUUGCAUCAUUCUCUUGGUAUCUUUUGUUGAAAGAGCAGCAAUGCACUACUAGGAGCUCACUGAACAGGGGUGAGCCAGUAACAUGAGGCAUAUAUGUGCACCAACCAAUCGGAAGCUUCCGAGCCUACCUAGGUAUCCUUUUCAUUAAAUGAUACCGAAAGAACAAAACUAAUUAGAUAAUAGAAGUAAAUUGGAAAGCUGUUUAAAAUCGCAUGCUCUAUCUGAAUCAUUAAAGAAAAACUUUUUGUUUUAUGUCCCUUUAACACAUGGUUGGAGUACCGCUUUGGAGCCACAGAGAUUUACUGGUGCAGAACAGUCACAGAUGUGAUUGGUGGAGUUGUACAAUUGCUGCUGAUUGGCUUAGCGGCUAUCUCUGUGGAUCCUGUGCAGUACUUUUACCUAUGUGUUUAACCUCUUACAAAUUAGAACAUGUAAUUUUUUUACUACGUCUUUUUGCUGUUGUUGAGAGGAGCAUGAUCAGACACAUUACAAAUAUUUUUGUUUGCAAUGAAAGGAUUCACAGGAUAUUUAAACUAAUAUUAAUAUUUAAAAUUAUUACAUGACCCUAUUAUGGUAAAGACGCACCUCACCUCACUGUAAUUAUUUUUUAUUAGUUUUGUUCAUCCCACAUUCCUUCAGUAUAAAUGCCUUAUAAACCUUGUUUCUGACUGACAUAUUUAUCACUGCACGGGGAAAACAUGCAGAAAUGGUUCACCUAUAGCAGGUUUAUAAAAAUAAGUUAAAAAAAUAAUAUAUAUUGAAAUAGAAAAUCUGAGUAAUUUUCUUUAUAAGUAAUCUGUUAAUUUACUAUAUAAAUAUUUAAAUAUAACAGGUUUGCUUUUGUAUAGUAAAAUAUACCAAAUGUAGCUAUUGAUUGGGUGAUACAGGGAAAUACUGAAUACAGUUGGGACCUUUCAGUAGUAUACUAUAAACCAUACUGAAACUGAAAAACAUUAAAACUCUUCUUUUAAAGGGACAUACUGUAUUUUGAAUUUGAAUUGCCCAUUUUGCAGUAUAAAGUACUUGUUUGCAAAAAUGCUGCAGUUUAAUGUGAUAAUUUUAUGAGUGAAAAUGUAUAUUGCCAGUGAUCGUAGGUUGAUAUGGGUGUAUACCACGUGCACACUUUAAAGGGAUACUAAACCCAAUUUUGUUUUCUUUCAUGGUUUAGAUAUAGCGUGCAAUGUUAAGCAACUUUCUACUUUACUCCUAUUAUCAAUUUUUAUUUGUUCUCUUGCUAUCUUUAUUUGAAAAAGUAGGCAUAUAAGCUAAAGAGCUGGCCCAUUUUUGGUUCAGAACCCUGGCUAGCGCUUGUGAUUGGUGGCUACAUUUAGCCACCCAAUAAGCAAGAGCAAGCCAGAUUCUGAUUAAAUUCCUGCUUUUCAAAUAAAGAUACCAAGAGAAGAAAUAAAAAUUGAUAAGAGUAAAUUAGAAAGUUGCUUAAAAUCGAUUGCUCUAUCUGAAUCACGAAAGUUUAAUUUUAAUUUUACUGUCCCUUUAAGUGAUGCAGGUGAAGUAAUUUGUCAUCACCGGUGCUUGGACCAAUCAUGUGAGACCAAUGUCUACACAACAUACAGUGUCACCUGCAGCUGGUCCAAUGUAAAUUCUGUCAAUAUCCUUCUACAUGUUUUUUAACUACUGUGCAUAUGAUGCUUUUCGAAUAACACAACUUUGCAAAUAUGACAAAUUAAAGGGACAGUCAACACUAGAAUUGUUUUUGUUGUUUUAAAAGAUAGAUACUCCUUUUAUUACCCAUUCCCCAGUUUUGCAUAACCAACACAGUUAUAUUAAUGCACGUUUUACCGCUGUAAUUAAUAAUAACAACUAGUAUUUAUAUAGCCCCUUUCUCCCAGUGGGACUCAAAGUGCUUUUUCAGCGCUCAUCCUCGGAAUUACUCAAAUCGGAAGCUGUAGUAAUAGUUGUUAUUAUUACCCAAUUUAAUGGUAAUCAUUUUAUCGACCUCAGAAGGAUGAAGGGCCAGCCUGGAUUUGAACCUGUGACCUUGGAUCUUUUAAACAGGAUUUUUUUGUAGUCGGGGCAUUUACCCACUGAGCUACCUCACUGGCCUAUUACCUUGUAUCUAAGCCUCUGCAGACUGCCCCCUUAUUUCAGAUCUAUUAACAGACUUGCAUUUUAGCCAAUCAGUGCUGACUCCGUGGUAAAUUCACAUGCAUGAGCUCAAUGUUAUCUAUAUGAAACACAUGAACUAACUCCCUCUAGUGGUGAAAAACUGUCAAAAUGCAUUUAGAUUAGAGGCGGACUUCAAGGUCUAAGAAAUUAGCAUAUGAACUGCCUAGGUUUAGCUUUCAACUAAGAAUACCAAGAGAACAAAGCAAAAUUGGUGAUAAAAGUAAAUUGAAAAGUUGUCUAAAAUGACAUGCCCUAUCUGAAUCAUGAAAGUUUUUUUGCACUUGACUGUCCCUUAAAUUCUCACCACAUGGCUGCAAUACCUCUAACUGGCAGCAGUGGGGUUAACCCUAAUUGCAAUAUUUCAAAUACUGACAUUUUCAUGGAAACAUUUAGAAUGUGAUUCAGUGUAUAUGAGUUUACAUGAAAAAUCUACAUGUUUAUAUAAAAAUUUCACAUAUCUAA